AUGGUCAUACCGCGUCCAGGUACAAACCCCACGAGACGACCUUGUAUUAAGCUAAUGGGCAGAAACUUGAAAAUCACCAAAACGUUGAAAUACCUUGGAGUCACGUGGGACCAAGGCUUGACCUGGCUACCACAUCUACAAGAAGUCAAAGUCAGAACAGCCAACAUUGCAAAGAAAGCCAGGCAGUUUCGGGGACAAAACUGGGGGCAGAACCCUUACAUUCAAAAACUGCUCUACUUGACGGUUGCAGAAAGGAUUGUACUCUAUGCCUCAGCUAUUUGGGCACUACCAAUGGGCAGCCGUAAAAUAAAAGCCCUGUCAACAAUACAAAGACCUUUUGCUCUCAACAUUAGCAAGGCAUAUAGAACAACCGCGACAAAUGCAGCACUUGUGCUUACCGGGCUCACACCCCUUCAUAUCAGGGCCAAGUUAGAAGCAAUAUAUGAGCGGGUAAUAAGAUUAAAGGAGAAUACUGCACUCGGCACCACAGUCUUCAGCACGCUGCAGUAUGGGCCUAUUUCAUAA